CUGGAGGCACCAUCUCUGGAGAGAGGAAUGGGUGACGUUUCGGGUCGAGACCCUUCUUUCCAAAGAUCAUAGAGCUCUGCUCUCUAUAACCUUGGAUUCUUUCUUCAGACAGAGUCACGGGUGAGGGAGUCGAGGUAUAGGAGGUUACCUGUGAAGGAAGAAUUUUAGAUGAAAAGAAAAUGAGUGGAGGUCUGGCACCAAGUAAAAGCACUGUAUAUGUAUCGAAUUUGCCAUUUUCACUGACUAAUAGUGAUUUGCACAAGAUUUUUACCAAGUAUGGUACAGUUGUAAAAGUUACAGUAUUGAGGGACAAGGAUUCCAGGAAAAGCAAAGGUGUGGCAUUUGUUCUGUUCCUCGAUAGGGAAUCAGCUUAUAACUGUACUAGGGCAUUGAAUAACAAGCAAUUGUUUGGCAGAACAGUAAAGGCGAGCAUUGCAGUUGACAAUGGCAGAGCAUCUGAAUUCAUUAGAAGGCGCAAUUAUACUGACAAAUCCAGAUGUUAUGAAUGUGGAGAUUAUGGUCAUUUGAGCUAUGCUUGUCCUAAAAAUAUGCUUGGAGAACGAGAGCCCCCCAAAAAGAAAGAGAAGAAGAAAAAGAAAAAGAGCAAUGAACCAGAAGAAAUUGAAGAAGAAGAGGAGGAGGAAAGUGAAGAUGAAGGGGAAGAUCCUGCUCUUGAUAGCUUGAGCCAAGCUAUUGCUUUUCAGCAAGCAAAAAUUGAGGAGGAAGAACUUAGACGUAAACAGACUGCUGGUGACGCAAGUGAAUGUUCAACAUCUGAACUAUCGAAGCGCCCACGGAUAAAGAAAAGUGCAUACUUCAGUGAUGAAGAGGAGCUGAGUGACUAGAUUGUAUUUCAUUACAAUGAGAGUUACAUAUUUAUUUAAAGAGAGAAAUGGUGUUUAAAUGGUCCAGAUUCGUUAGACUAGAAUUUAUGGCUUCUUGGGUCCCCGAAACCAUUACAAAUAUAUGGACUAAAUAUUUUGAUACUUGGAAUAUGUGAAUUUUUUUUAUCUUGUUAGUGAUUUAUUUAGUCAUGGUUAAAGGAUUAUUGUGAAGCAUGCCAACCGCUUCCACAUCCGAAUACUUCACAGCAAGUACAGAUGAAUGGACAUGUUUUUGCCUGUCGUAGCCAAAUUUUAAUAUUGACUCGGCUUUUAUGGGUUGAAUUUUGUUGUGAAGAUCAUAAUCAUGAAAGCUUUUGUUGCUGUCCAAGGCAAAAUUGUUGUUUAUACCUACACUUUAUAAAAUACUGCAUAUAAAUAUAACACAGAGUUGUUUCAGACCAACAUUAUUCCCACUUGAGAAUAAAAGCAGGAAUUAAUUGUCAUUUGAAAUGGCAGUGCCUCCAGAAAGUUUAAAGAGUAUGCAGAAAGAUACUGUUGUCUUAUAACGGUGUAUUAGCCAAAGAUUUUAUUUGCAGCAAAAGUGAUAUACAUGAAAGAUGGGUAAAAAAAACUUCAAAGCUCCAUCUAAUGUGAAUAAUUAAUUUGCAUUCCAGUGUGCAAUUAUCAAAAACUUUAAUUUCUGAGGUCAUUGUAAUUUCUCUUCAACAGAUCACACGGGGAAUUCAGGUUUUUGAAAAUUUCCCAUUGUUUUAUUGAUAUUCAAUUUCUUGAACAUGUAAGAAGUUAUUCACAUUGUUAUAUUUGUUGGCAACUUUUAUUACCAUUUGUUAUAUGUUUGGUGCAACUAUAAUCUAUCGAAAUAAACCGAAAGAUCUUGGAUUUUAA